AUGGAUAAUGAAAUAGCUGGACAACCCCAGGCAUUACAAAAAUCGGGUAGACCAUUAAAAUCCAUAAGAGCUCGUUUAAAGGGUAAAGAAGGUCGUCUUAGAGGAAAUCUUAUGGGUAAACGUGUAGAUUUCUCUGCUCGUACAGUAAUUACUGGUGAUCCAAACAUAUCGGUUGAUGAAGUUGGUGUACCUCGUAGCAUAGCUCAAAAUUUAACAUUUCCAGAAUUAGUAACGCCUUUUAAUCUUCCACAUUUACAAAGUUUGGUUGAACGAGGCCCUACCGAACAUCCUGGUGCUAAAUAUGUUAUAAGAGAUACAGGCGAAAGAAUAGAUCUCAAGUACACAUUAAGCUCAGCCUCUAGUGUUAGACUACAAUUAGGUUGGAAAGUGGAACGUCAUAUUAACGAUGGUGAUAUAGUGAUAUUUAAUCGUCAGCCGUCAUUACAUAAAAUGUCAAUGAUGGGACAUAGAGUUCGUGUGAUGCCAUAUUCAACAUUUCGAUUAAAUUUAUCCGUGACAACUCCUUAUAAUGCUGAUUUUGAUGGUGAUGAAAUGAAUCUUCAUGUAUCUCAAACUGAGGAGGCGCAUAUAGAAGCAAUAGAACUUAUGGGUGUCAAAAAGAACCUAGUAACUCCAAGAAACAGAGAUCCUAUCAUUGCAUUCAUUCAAGAUUUUGUCACAUCCUCUUUUUUAAUUACUAAAAAAGAUGUCUUUUACAAUCGUGUAAAUAAAAAAACAAAUCAAAAUAAUAUGGCAGAUACGCCAAAGAUAUCACAAGACACACCUAAAAUUCAACAACUUCGUUCUUAUUUAAAUCUUAGAGCUCAAAUUACAAUUUCAGAUGGUCGUAUAUUUAAUGGAACUUUUAUGUGCAUAGACAAAUAUAAAAAUAUAAUUUUAUCACAAACAGAAGAGUUUCGAAAUGGAAAACAUCUUGUUAAAGCAGAAAUUGAAGAUUUGGAAGUUUCAGAUAUUUAUAUUUGA